CUCAGUUGCAAUCACUGAGCUUCAGUAACAGGACAGUGGACACAUAGUACUGACCGUCUUCAAAGAAUUCUACUUGUGCAUUUGUCUUUCAAUUCAUCAAUGGCUCUUCAGCUCUUCGGUUAUAUUAUGUCCAUUACUGGAUUAUGUGGCCUAAUUAUAGGCACAUUUACAAACGAAUGGAAAAUCAUUGGACACGAAAAUGACCAUAUUGUGACUAGGGAUGAAUACGAAGGACUGUGGAUGGAGUGCGAAAUAAGUUCGUCUGUAGCUAUUUGCAAAUAUUACAAUUCUCUUCUUCAUCAAACCUAUGAAAUUCAGCUGGGCCGAGUAAUGAUGAUCAUCAGCAUCGCCUUUGCGAGCCUUGCCGCGCUGGUAGCCAUUUUGGGCCUCAGGUGCUCGAGAUGUCUAGAGGAGAACGAGAAGUCGAAGGACAGAACUGCCUUUGCCGGGGGGAUCCUUUUUGUGUGCAGUGGUCUGUGUGCUUUGGGCAUAACCAGCUGGUUUAUGUAUGGAAUUGUUGAGAAUUUCUUUCAGGACACACGUGGUAAUAGGCAUGUGAUCGGCAGGUCUCUGAUUGGUGCAUUUGUUGGAUCUUUGCUUUGUUUAUUUGGAGGCGUGCUCUUAUGCGCCUGCAGCGUAACGCACCUGCGAUCCAACAAAAAUCCCAGCACACAUCUAAUCCCCAAGAAUCCUGGAAAAGACUAUGUUUAAGGAUCCUGAGAACAUCUGAAUACCUGAAUUUAAUCUGAACGGCAGACACUAGUAGUUAUUGUGUACAGUAUGUGCAUGCAUUGUGUUAAACAUGUAUAAAUACACUGCAUUUAAUUUUCGGUUUAUGUCAUGAUUUUUUUAUUAUUAUUAUUUUUUACUUAUCGCUUUCACAGUUUUGAUGUAUUUUUAGAUGUUUGGGAUGGGUCUCUCUCCACAUUAAACUUUGACCUCUGAGUCAGUUAGCUAGAAAAAGAGGAGGCUGGGAUUGCUUAACUAACAAUUCAGUGCUGUCCACAGAGGAAGUGAUGUCAUACCCAGUAACCCAGAGAUAUUUUUUACUAUGUUAAGAUUUUUUUUUUUUUUUAAAGAGGGAGAUUCUAGGCUUUGAUGUACUGUAGAUUAUAUGCCAAUGCAAAAUUUAGCCAGCUUCAGCAUUUUAUGCUUGUUUGAUAAUUUCAAUACUUUAUGUAAUUAUUUCAGAAUUACACAAUAAAGGUUUAUUAUCACCAAA